UUAAAAAAAACGGGAGAGAAAAAAAAAAAAAAGCAGAGAAGGUAUCGUCAUCGCGUACACUCUCACUGACUUACUUCUCGCUCUAGUCUCCGCCUUUACCCCACUUUUCAACGCGCCCUCCCACGGCUCCACGAGAAAUUAUAACCACCGCGCUUCGCUUGUCCUCCGGUGAAUCUCUCCUCAAUCCGACGGCAUGGACGCCGGCGUCACGUCAUUCCCGUCAAUACUCGACAAGCCCCUUACUCAGCUCACGGAAGAAGACAUUUCCCAGCUCACCCGCGAAGAUUGCCGCAAAUACCUCAAAGAAAAAGGAUUGCGGAGACCUUCUUGGAACAAAUCACAAGCGAUCCAGCAAGUAAUCUCCCUCAAAGCACUCCUUGAAACUAGUGAAGAUUCCGGCGCCGGUGCUCUCCGGAAAAUCUUAGUUUCCAAACCACCGGCUACUUCAAAUUCGGUUGAUUCAAUUAAGGAACCCAGUGAUAGAAAUAACAGUGCAAUUUCUGGGUCUUUAGAUGAGAUAGCUCCGUGCCGGCAGAAUGAUUCUCCGAAAUCCACUCCUCCAGGACAGUUGGAUUGCCAAGCGGAAGAGGCAGAUGAUCAAGCUAUUGCUUCCAGAAGUCCUGGUGCAACAGAUGGAUUAGUCGGGCAAUUGACAAUUUUCUAUUGCGGAAAGGUGAAUGUGUAUGAUGGAGUCCCAUCUGAUAAGGUAAUGAAGCCCCCCUUUGCAUGGAUACCUGGAGAUAACUCUGAUAGCAUGUUGGCCUUCCAAUGCAUCCAAAAUAUGGAUUUGCAGGCCCAGGCAAUCAUGCAUCUUGCAGCAAGUCCAAUUCAGUCACCUCUGGAUGAUCCAAUUCAUAGACCUGCAUUUUCAUUUCCAUGUCAUUUUCAGACCCCCAGUGAUAAACAUGGCCUUCUUUCUUCUAAUGCUGCAAUCGCUCAGACCACUCUAACAGAGAAGACAACAGAAUAUUCUCAUCAGUGUAGGGAGAAAGCCAACAUGACUCAUGACCCUGAGGUUCAUGCAAACCGAAAAAUGUUGUUGAAGAAAUAUCUGGAGAAGAAAAAAGAUAGAUUUAAGGCCAGGAAAAAUGCGGGUCCUACUUCUUCUGGCUUGGAAACAUAUUUGAACCAUCAUAUGAGGAUGCAUACCUCAAAUGGACAAUCAACCAGGAGCAGCACAAGCUCUCCGCCUCAGCCUGGAGUGCCACUUACCUUGUGUAGCCCAGGUGAUGAUCAACCAAAGUUUGCCAGUUUUUCUGUUGAUCUUAAUGAAGGUAGGCUGCAUAAUUCUUUUCCAUGGCAUGUUUUAUGACUUGAAAUGUGCAUGGUGUUUAUGUUAAUCACAGCUUUAAUGCUCAUUAUCGAACUGAUAUUAAACAUUUGACGCAUGGGCUGUCCAAUCUCAUUUGUUUGCUGGGAAUCUGAAGAAUGCCAGUAAAAGAUAGAUUUCCAUAAAGACCAAUGGACAUUUUAUUUUUGACAAUGUACUUGUGUGCCACUCAAACCAUGACUUUUGGUUAUACCCAUACCGUGUUUUGUUAGAAUUUCUUGUGUGCUGCCAAGCAUUAUUUUGUCAACCUUAUGAAAAUAGUUAAUUGUAAUAUUCUAAUUUAUGAUGCAAGUGAUUAUAGUUGUGAAGUAAUUCUUGUGCAGCUUCUAGGGAACUUUUUGAUUCUUCAUAUACAGGUUAAUAUAUAUUGGGAUUUAUUAUAAAUAUAUGUGAAGGUCUUUGUAUUAUUUGUGUGCU